AUGGCGAGAAAGAAAGAAGAAGAGCGUUGUGCGGUGCGCGUGAAUGCGUGUUUGGCGUUGAUCGGUGGAGUGAUGGAAUGGAGGGUGGGAGAUGGUGAGGAAACAGGGUGGGUUGAUGGGGUGAAUAAGAGGGAAAUGGAUAGGUGGGACCCUCUUAUCUGUUGUGGAGAGAUUUUUGUGUAG